CAGGUAUAAUAAAAAGAGUUCUAGAGCUGCAUGUGAUGGAUUGAAAAUAAAGGAACAGCAUGCUGAAGUACUUGACUUGAAAAUGCGUUUCAAGAAAAAAUCAAAUUUCAAUAGCUCGAAUACUGUGAAUGUAUCAACAACGGAAUCUAAUAAUUCCAAAAAAGAUAUCUCAAUAGAUAUAGUAGCGCAACGUAUCUUAUAUAAGCAUUCUGAAAUAGCUGAAAAUAAGAAAUCGGUUAAUUCAAAACUACACAUCCCCCACACAAAAACUUCACAGGAAUUGAAUGAUUUGAUAGUAAGACGUAUAUUGGAAACGGACGCUAAGCUAAAUAAGAAAAAUACGUCAUCUAUGUUCAAAGUAAUUGAUAAGAACAGAAGCAAUGAAAUAGAAAUGUUAUCCCGAUCAAAGCCUAUUAACUUGAUUGAAAAUACCGAUACUCUUGCCUCAAGUUCUACUGAUAAAAGAAAUAGAAUAAGAAUAUUGUCAACAGCAACUCAAACACUUCAUGAUUGGGUUAAUUUAGAAACUGAUUCUACACAAACCGAAACGGAUUUAGUAAAUGAAAGAAAUAUUCAGGUCGAUUGGUAUAAUGAUUAUAAAAAUAUUCAAACCUCAGCAGAAACUAAAAAUAUGGAAACAAGUCCUGUAAUAAGAAAAACUUCUUGUAAGUUUACUAAUACUGAUUUUUAUUACCCUGCGGUAAGCGAGAGCACACAGAUUUUUGAGUAUAUGUCAAAUAGCGAUCUGUUUUGCUUAGAAUGGGUGGACAAGUACCUCUUUAAUAUAAAUUUGAAUAUACAAACCGUUGUUGUCGAUGAAAAAAUUCGAGAUAUCUAUUGUUUGUCGAGCUGUCUCUCCGUCAAUAUUUCAAUGUAAAUGUAAACACACUACGAAGAAACAAUAAACUUUACU